CAUAUGAAAGGCGAUGCGGCGACAGUUAAUUUAUUUAUCGUUAUUGUUUUUGUAAGCGUUCAAUGCCGUUAAGGUACAGGUAGUUAGAAUGAAGUGAUAUAUAUAGUUAGCGUCGUGUUGUGAAAUGGAAUUAGUCUUCACUUAAAAAUAGAGUAUUGGGUAAAAGGAUGCGGUUCCAGUUCGGUACGAAAUGUGUAGACGGACAUAAGAAAGCGAAGUGUCAUUUAGCGACAAAAGUUCGUGUUUUGCAGUGGAUGUUGUGACAAAUAUUGUUUUGGUGUACACUUCUUGGGGAAUGAUAAUGGAGGCAGAUCACAAGGAGCAAAGCACCGCGUCGAAGCAGAAGAUGGACACCACAGAUAACCCAGAAACACACCGUAAAUCUUGGCAGUCAAAAUACCAAAGCAUCUGCCAAGAAUAUUCCAGCAGAGUAGAGGAAAUAAAGAAAUCACGAAGUCCUGAUGGUGAUUCUCAUCAACCAAAGAAUAAAAAUCCUCUUAUUGGACUUCUUUCUGAAUACAACUCGGAUUCUGAAUCUGAAGAAGCUGAAAAUACUGCAUCACAUAAUAACGCACCACCAACACCAUCAGCACCUAAAAAGCAGCUUACUGAUGAACUAUCGUAUUUUCUGCAGGAAAUACAGACACUGUCAUCUGAAGAAAAGACUUCUGAGAUGCCUACAGUGCCUGCUCCAGCUGAGAACAUGAGUUCUGCUGUCGCUCGAGUAGAUGAAAUGCAUCCUGCUGCUCCUGGUGAAAUGCAACAUUUUGAGGAGCAGUUGCCUUACAUGGAGGUUCCAAUGACUUCAUGGCAGGAAUGUUAUGAUGAAAAUUCUGGCUAUGUCUACUACUGGAAUGUUGAAACAAAUGAAGUUAGUUGGGAGAUGCCCGCAGCAUACCAAUAUUAUUUUCUCCAACAUCAGCAUUGGAUGCAACAAACUCAGAUGCCAAUGAUGCUUCCCGAGUAUGGCGUUCUUCCUAACAUGCAAACCCCAGCUGUUAUUGAAGCACCAGCUGUGUUAAAAAGGCCUAUAAAUCCAAAAAAAAUUAUCUCCAUAGAACAGCACAAGAAAAACUUAAAGAAAAGAAAGAAGAAGAAACAUGCAAAGUCCAAACCAGAUGACUCAGAUGAAGAGAAGAUUGAAAUGAUUACUUCAUAUGGGCCCCCAAGUGAAGAUGAAUCUGAUGAAAGCAUGCCAGAGAAGAAGAAAAAGAAGAGGCAUCAUCAGGCAGGUGUUUCAGCUGUACAUUGCCCAGUCUUCCCCCAAACAACAUUGGGUCCACAGCCACUGGUAAAGCCACAGAAAUUGCCCACUAAGGAGGCUCAGUUGAGCAAGCAACACCCUCAGUCUAUUUCAGCUUGUAUAGCUGCUUUACAGCACAAAGAAGAUAUUCCCCCUGAAGGUGAUGGAAUCCGACCAGUUGAAGGAGGAGCUGACACAGAAUCACAAGGAGCUGUGACAGAUCAUAAGAAAUCACCAACUUCAAAAAUUGAAGGUGAACAAAAGGCAAGCCCAAGGUUAAACAGCAUACCCACUACAUCUGUCAAUUCAGAGGAGAGUGAGCCAGCUGAAGGCAAUCCUGAACAGCUGUCUUCUCAUGUUAAAACAGAAUUAAGUGGUGCAAGUGUAUGUACAGAUCCAUCCAGUUUACAAAACAAAACAGAUGUCUCAGAAAGUUCAGCAGGUGAAAUUUCUGCUGCAGAAAAUUUUUCUGGUGAUGAUGUGAAUGCAAAAGAAAAUGUAGACAAUGAAGAUAAAACAAUUACAGAAAAUCAAACAGAACAGUCAACUAAUAGAAAAGAUGAAUUGGAAACUGAUGAUGCAGAGAAUAAUUCCACAAAGGAAAAUGUUGAGAAAACAGGAUCUUUUGCUUUGAUAGCGGGCUAUGGAGAUGAUUCAGAUGUAGAAGAAGAGAAAAAAGAGAUCUUGUCCAGGAAAAAUGUACCAAAUGAAAGGAAGCAAGAGGUGAAGCCAACAAUACAAUCUCAUAAAUCACCUGUUGCAAUGAUUCACAGUUCUAGUACCACUACACAUUCUUCAACAACAGACACACUGUCUGAAACUGACUCGACAGAUCAGAAAAGUAAAGUGCCUUUUUUGAAACCAUUUGUUCCUAGUGCCACUGUUUCAGAAAAUAAUCCGAAUGUAACAUCAGAUGUAGCUGCUGCUGUAACAGAAAUGGCAGUCACAACAACUGCAUCCUAUAGGUCAAGUCUAGACAAUAGUGGACGCCGGGGCCUUGGUUUUGAGCCAAGAGAAUCAGAUAAUCAUGAGAACUACGAGUUGGAUUCACCUGUACAGUUACGUACUGCAGUUCCUGUGCAGAAUGCCUUCCAGAACCAUGGAAAUAUGAUAAAUUUUGUCAAAGCAGAAACCAUGGUUCCAUCUACUCACACUCAGGACUUAGAAAACAACAAAGAGGAGGAGGCAGAGAAGACACCCACAGUGCAAGAAGAAAAAGAAGGUAAUGGAAUUACUGGACAGAUAGCUGACAUGUCAGGGGUAAUAAUAGAAAAAGUAACAUUUUUAGCAGAAGGAAAAGAAGCUGUGUCUGCUGUUCAAACAAUUGGCAUUCAAGUGCAGACACUAUUAACAGCCUGGGAACAUGGAAGCCUGUGUGAGAAUUACUUCUCACAGUGGUUAGCUGACACCAUGGAAGAACUGUCUAGGCUGGAGCAAGAUGCAGCCCCUGAUGGUUGGCAGUGUUUGUGGUCAAGGGGAUGGAAGAGAUAUUAUUAUUACAAUUCUGAGACUGGUGAAGUUCAGUGGGAAUAUCCUUAUUUGGGUGAUAGUGGCGCAAUGGAAGACGAUUCAAUGGAUGCCAGUGAGGAACUUGUGGAGCAGCCUGGUUUACCAUGUUCAACUCAAGAAAAUAAAAAUAAUAAACGACCAGACUCUUCUCAUAAAGGAUGUGAUCAGAAGAAGAAGCAACUCUCUCAGCGUGCAUCUGUGUCCAAACAAAUAUAUGAACAUCAUAAAGAUGGCAUUUCAGAUGACGGUGAUAAGUUGUCAGAUUCUGCUCCACUCCAUGUUUCACAUACCCAAGCACCACUUCCUGCAGAGAAUUCAUCCACUGCUGUGCAGUCAUCAGUACCUGAUCAUCGAACAGAUGUGAUGAAAGGAGAUGGUAGGGUUCAGCCUUUACCACCUGGAGUUGAUCAUCCAGAGCUCCCAUAUAUUAUUGCUGGUCCCCCUCCCCCUCCUCCUCCCCCUCCCCCACCACCACCUCCACCCCCACCACCUACUUCUCCUCCUCCUCCACCAUCGCCACCACCACCACCCCCACCACCACCACCACCCCCAGCAUCACCACCACCCCCAGCAUCUGCACCACCACCAUUGCCACCGACACCUCCCCCUCCUUCUAUUUCAUCGCCUCCACCACCACCACCUCCUCCUCCUCCACCACCAUGUAUAUCUGUUUCUACUUCUUAUGUACAGUCUGCCCAUAUCAUGCCAGGUUAUGAUCCCACAACUGAAGAUUAUACAGACAUUGAUGGUGAAGAGAUGAUAGAAGAUGAUGAAUCACGCAGUAGCUCAACUGUACUAUCACAUGCUGAACUGUAUGCAGAUGAUAGUGCCUAUAUGCAUGGUGGUGGUCUUCCUCUCAUAUGCCCUUUAAAUGCUGUUGUUGAAUAUGGACCAAUGCCAUAUGUAGCAGAUCCUGUGGUUCCAGCAGCACAUGUCAUUGAGAAACCACCAGAAAAGACUUCUCUACAUGCAGAAAUUGAUUCAUUCUAUUCAGACCUGGCAUCUCUUGAACAAACAGCAGUUACAGCAUCGUCUGAAAAACACCAAAUGGGUGAGCAUACAGGUGCAGCCAGUGAGACUGAAAAGGAAUCAAUGAUAGCCCCUUCCACAAUAGAACCAAGUUCUAGUGCUAAUAGCAAUGUUGGUGGUCUUACUGGUAGCACAGCAUAUCAAAAAGUAUCUGCCCACAUUGAAGGAAAAACGUCAGAGGCACCUGUAGGAGAAGUACGAAAGAAGAAGAAGCCAAAAUUAGCACCAGGAUUGUCACUAAAGAAGAAAGAUGUGUCGUCACUAGUGGCUAAAUGGCAGAAACUUCAGGAGGAAGUUAGAAGAGACUAUAAAAAGCUCGGUGAUGAACUCAAAGAUAAAUAGCAGAUGUUCUGUGCCUAAUUUUGUCAUGGACUACUAAAAUGUUAAGCAGGGAGCAUUUAUAACAAAAUUGGCAAAUAACUGAAUUGUUAUAUAUUGUUACAAACUGUGCCAAUUUGCUUAAAUAUCAAACUGUUUUCAUUUGAUGUGAAAAUUUUCUGAGACAAUUUGAUACCCAAGUAAAUUUAUUUUUAAAAAAUAA